CGACAAACAAUAACAAAGUGCUACUAAAACUCCCUAUCCAGCGGAUUGUAGUCGAGAUUUAUUUACGUCCAGCUUUUGAUUUAACAAGAAAAUGAGGCAGUUAUUUAGAGUUUCACGUACUUUCCGACUCUUUUUUACAGUGAUUUCGAUGUAGGGGACAAAUAGGACUCGAGUUUCCAUUGUUGUGGUUUUGCGGGGAGACUGAAAACUCCUACCCGUGGAUCGGGCCUGUUUUAACACUUACACAAGGUGUUUAAGAAGUGAAAAUGUCGAUUUUGGGUCUAAAAAAGAAGCAGCCAAAGACUUUUAAAGUCAAAGUCAUCACUAUGGAUGCUGAAAUGGAGUUCAGUUGUGAGGUCAAAUGGAAAGGGAAAGAUCUGUUUGACCUUGUGUGUCGGACUAUUGGACUGAGGGAAACAUGGUUCUUUGGCCUUAGAUAUACAGUAAAAGACACCUAUGCGUGGCUUAAGCCUGAUAAAAGGGUUUUGGAUCAAGAAGUUCCAAAGGAUUCUCCGAUAACAUUUCAUUUUCUUGCCAAAUUCUUCCCUGAGAAAGUUGAGGACGAGCUUGUUCAGGAAAUUACUCAGCAUCUCUUCUUCUUACAAGUCAAAAAGCAGAUAUUAGAUGAAGAGAUAUUUUGUUCUCCAGAAGCCUCGGUUCUUUUGGCGUCGUAUGCUGUUCAAGCCAAGUAUGGGGACUAUGAUCCAAAUUUUCACAAGCCAGGCUUCUUAGCACAAGAUGAACUCUUGCCCAAAAGAGUGCUAAUGCAGUAUCAGAUGACACCAGACAUGUGGGAAGAGAAGAUAACUGCUUGGUAUGCUGAACACAGAAACGUCACAAGGGACGAGGCUGAGAUGGAAUAUCUAAAAAUAGCACAGGAUCUAGAGAUGUAUGGAGUUAGCUACUUUUCUAUCACACAAAACAAGAGGGACACAGAGCUGCUGCUUGGAGUUGAUGCCCAAGGUCUUCACAUCUACAGCCCCAACAAUAGGCUCACCCCUAACAAAUCCUUCCCCUGGAGUGGAAUCCGAAACAUCUCUUACAGUGAGAAAGAGUUUACUAUUAAGCCAUUGGACAAGAAAAAGGAAGUUUUUAAAUUCUACUCUUCUCAGCUGAGAGUUAACAAACUGAUCUUACAGCUGUGUAUUGGGAACCACGACCUGUUUAUGAGGAGGAGGAAGGUGGAUUCUAUAGAAGUGCAACAGAUGAAGGCCCAGGCCAAAGAGGAGAAGGCCAGGAAAAAGGUUGAGCGUCAGAUUCUUGCACGGGAAAAGCAGAUGAGGGAGGAAGCCGAGCGAGCAAAGGAAGAAAUGGAGCGUCGUUUGUUCCAGCUUCAGGACGAGGCCCGAAUGGCCAAUGAAGCUCUACUGCGCUCCGAGGAGACAGCCGACCUUCUGGCAGAGAAAGCCCAGAUCGCAGAGGAGGAGGCCAAACUACUCGCCCACAAAGCAGCCGAGGCAGAGCAGGAGAGGCAGAGGUUAGAGGUCACGGCCCUAAAGACCAAAGAGGAGAAGAGACUGAUGGAGCAGAAGAUGAGAGAAGCAGAACAACUUGCAGUUAAACUUGUUGAGCAGUCUGAAAGAAGACUGAAGGAGGCAGACCAUCUGAAACAGGACCUGAAUGAGGCUAAAGAUGCAGAAAGAAGAGCCAAGCAAAAACUUUUGGAAAUCACCAAAACAACAUAUCCUCUGAUUGCAGCAUACUCCAGCCCUUCACAACCCGUUGGGCCUGACAGUCCAGAUAUGGCUGUAGAAAUGGGCAGCUCCAUCCGAAUGGAUUUCAAAGACUCGGAUAUGAAGAGACUUUCGAUGGAGAUUGAGAGAGAACGGAUGGAGUACAUGGAAAAGAGCAAGCAUCUUCAAGACCAGCUGAAGGAGCUGAAAUCCGAGAUUGAAUCACUGAAGCUUGAAGAGCAGCAGCAGGCUGGAAUCUACAGCCUCAGGAGUUACACAGAACCACCCUAUGUUCCCCACAGCAAUAGGAAUUCUGCCUACAUGGCUCAGAUGGCCUUCUAUGAGGAAGUGUGAAAGAACAGUCCAACCACUGUUUAAGGAGCACGAGGGGUCUGGAGAAACAACAGUUCACUGAAGCAUGCAUGUACACCAAAAAUGCAAAUAUAACCUUGUGUACUGUGCUUUUGAAGUGUAAUAUAUUAAUUUCCCCUUUUUUCAGUUUAUGUGUCAGCAAUGCAAUUGUUUUUUGUGCACACUAAGUCAUUUUGCUAAUACCACAAAUGGUUUGGCACUUUCAAGCUGAAACUGAUUCAUCUUUGUUGAUAUGACAAAAAUAUUUGGUCCGUAAAUGCAUAAUGCAGAUAUAUAGUAAAAAGAAAAGGGAUGUUUCUCAUACAAAUAAAGGUGCCUUUAGAUCAGUUCAUAAAAUGGUGAACACAAGCUUGUUUGCCUCAUGUUUAAAUGUUAAGGUUGCCACUCCACCAGAAAUACUAAGCAAUUUUACUUUUGGCCUAUAAUAUUUUCCUUAGAUCUCCUAUUCUUUUACUUUGGGGUGCCUGAUCAAUUUAACACUCAGUGCCUUUAACAAAUGCAACCACACUGGUUGGCAAAAAAUGCAUUGUAGUUUUAACUACAGUAUCAGCAAAUGUCAAAUGAUUUAAGUAUUUCCAUGUUUUGGACUUUGGAAUUUGUACUUUUUCUGUUUUAUCUGGUGCUUUUUAACAGUGUAGGUGAUUGAUUACUCUCCAAUACACUCUAGUGCCUUUUGGAAAGCUUGCACUACUCAGUGGGUUAAAUUAUUCUCUACCAAUAUACUCUUUUCCUGGCACUAUGGAUCUUGUUCUGCUGGCCAUGUGUCCCGCCUGACAAACAUGCCAGCUGUUAUAUUGAUUACUCAUUUUGGCUGGAGAAUUAUUUUAUUUUUUUAUUUUUUGACAGUGUUUGAUAUAGUGAUAUAAAGGCAGGUUUAUUGGUUUUUCUACAAUUUUUGUUACCAAAUCAAAUGAUGCUUUAGUUCUAGGGGUAUGAGCUAUGUUGACAUUUCAGCACUCUACAUGGUGUAACAAAAAUCUGAAUGCAUUUACAGGAGUAACAAACAUUUCAAACCUUGUUUUAUUUUUUACCCCUCAAAAAUAGAAAUGACAGGCAUAACUCAGAUAUGUAACCUUACUUGAUACCAACACUUUAUGCUGAAAGUAUUAUCUUUCGAAAAGUUGUCCUUUUUUUUUCAAAAUCUAUGCAAAAUACAUAGGAUACAUAUAUUUUUUGCACUCAUUUUUGUGAAUGUUUUUAUGCUUUUGACAUGGUAGAUGGAGAACUUUUUUGUUGAUGUGAGAAAAUAUGCCUGUGCUUUCAUAUAAAGGGAUGACUUCUAAUAUGGUUGAGUUUUAAGACUGUAAUGCCACCCAUUAUGUAAUAGCUUGUCAUUUAUUUAGCAGCAUGCUAUAUUUUGCAUCAAUUAGAAACCAGCCAGUAUGUGAAAUGAGAUUAUAACAAUGCUUUGUUGGGAAAUAUCUAUUGUAAAUACACUACAUGUAUCUCAAAGUCUUACUAUGAGUAGUGGGAGAAAUUAUUGUGUUAUCAGCAGCAUGACUGUGCACACUAGCCUAAGAUGUCUUAAGACAGAGUGACUUCACAAGGCAACUGUUCAUGUUUUAAUGAAUGCCACAACCACCUGCCAGUCUCUGCCCAGUUUGCCCUCAAAACACUGUUUUUGAUUUGGUAUUUGUCUUUACCUCUCUGUACCACACAGUGCUUUUCUUUUGUUUUUUUGGGAGGGGGGGUUGUAUUCCAUAACUUCAUGAACAUUAAGCAUGGAUGGCUUUCACUCCUAAUUUGAAUUAAUUUUCUGUUGGAGCACAGUAUCACUGCCUUUGUUUAGUAUUUGUGCCAUGCAUCAGACACAGAUGGUCGAUAUGGAUGUGGACUUAUAACCUUGCAUGUGCAGUGAAUUGUAAACUGAAAGACAAAUAAAUGGCAAAUGGAUUUCA